GACUUUUAUGAAGGGUAGACGUUUAAAGCCGUCCUUGUUUAUUUAACUUGUCAACGCGUUUGCGGGAUGUUUUAAAAGCUAGUUUACUUGAAAGCUACGGUCGCUGUUUUUAUCUCGCUAUUGUUAGCUUCGAGUCAGCCGUCCGACACUAGCUGGUGAACCUCACUGAAGCGAGCUUCAGUUUAAGAGCGCGUUAUUCGCAGCGCAGCCUGUUAUAGAUCUAAAAAUGUGUCCUUCUCGUUACGUUACGUGGCGUCUAAUAUCCGCCGAAUGACAGCAAACGUUUUGUGUAAUUUAUAUGAUCAUUUGUGGGCUUUUGUCAAGAAGCUUUGGGGCGUUUUAAACAUGAGAACGUUUGUAACAAAAUUCCUGCACAGAGUUUUGUUAAGCGACACGUUACCUCGAGCCAUGACCACAGACACACAGACCCCUCGAAGGAUGGUGGUGGGCCUGGGCAACCCAGGGAUGCAGGGGACCAGACACAACAUGGGCAUGGCAGUGAUAGGUGCCCUGGCGUCCAGACUGGGCACAGGCGACCGUUGGCGCGGCGACCAGCAGGUGUCUGGUGAAGUCAUUGUGACGCAGGUGGAGCAGACGCAGGUGGUGCUGCUGCGGCCCAGACUGCUGAUGAACAUCAGCGGGGCGUCGGUGGCCAAAGCAGUCAGCAAAUUUGGAGUCAGACCCGAAGACGUCCUGCUGAUCCACGACGACCUGGACAAGCCACUGGGCAAGGUCACUUUCAAGCAUGGUGGCAGUGCAAGGGGUCACAAUGGCGUUCGCUCCUGCAUCGACUGCCUUCAAACGGACGUGAUGCUACGGCUCCGGGUCGGGAUAGGGCGUCCGAAGGAGAAGACCCCGGUGGAACGAUAUGUUCUGGGUCGGUUCUCGUCGGAGGAGAAGAAGCUGCUGGACUCUGUUCUGGACCGGAGCGUGGAUUUGGUUCUAUCCCAGCUGAGUGGGAUGCAUAUAACGCAGUCCUCUACAUCGCCAACAGGGGGCGACAGGACAACACAGAGGAGGCCCAAGAGACAAGCAGAGGAGACGUGAAGUUUGAGACUUGUGUGUCUGAGACCCAACUACCUCUGAAUAUAUUAAAAAAUA